AUGAAGUCGCUCGAUCAAGAAGAUACAGUGAUCCUCAACCUCACUCAACAUGGCUACAUUCAAGGAGUGAAGAUUCGGGCACAGCAACAGCAAAAACCCAGCCCUAAUAUAUCUGACAAUGCCUCUUCGGAUGUCACACUGGCUCAUUACUUCGGUGGCGUUCGCUAUGCACUUCCACCGUCUCAACGAUGGAGGAUGGCCCAGCCGCUGCCAUCCGAUUAUUCGUAUGGCACGAAAGAACAGCCUGGAAAAUGUAACGGACGGGCGGUGACUAGUCCACAACCAUUUGCUGAUGACGAAGGCUCUAGUGAAGAUUGCUUUCAGUGCAAUAUAUGGACGCCAAGCGGCGGAUGUCCAGUUGGAGGAUGGCCGGUUGUAUUUUACAUUCAUGGCGGUUUCUUGCAGCAGGGGAGUCCCAAUGACAUAAACCCCUCGCGGCUUCUGGGCGAAACGAGCCUCAAAUGUGUCAUUGUGGCUCCUGUCUAUCGACUGGCAGUUCUUGGUUUUCUGAGCUCAAGAGAGCUUAUAGAAGAUGCGACUGCGAGAGGCGAGCCUUGUGGCAACCAAGGGUUUUGGGAUCAAAGGACAGCACUUGAAUGGACCAAGAAGUAUGCUCAUUAUUUUGGUGGAGAUGACUCGAAUAUUACAGUAAUGGGCUAUUCCGCGGGAUCAUACUCGGUUUUCUAUCAGCUUGCACACGACUUAGACUUGAGCCAAGAACAAAGUAUUAUCCGACAAGCCGUUAUGUUCUCCAACGGACCCGGAGUGCAGCCCAAGUUGGAGUUUGAGGUACAAAAGCAAUUUGAUGCGCUUCUUACUGCGUUAAAGAUUCCCCUAGAUGCAUCGUCUUCUGAAAAGCUAGAGCAACUAAGUCGCGUCCCACCAAGAGAGCUGAUUGAAGCUAGCGUGAAAACAAAGUAUCACCAAUAUAGGCCCUGGGAUGACGGCAAAUUCAUGCCCACUACAUUGUUUUCCGAUAUUGACAAUGGGUCCUUCGCGCGCCGAAUGAUUGAGCGCAAUGUCCGGCUGAUAAACGGUGAAUGUCGAGACGAACAUUUCGUCUACAGUACAUGGUAUACUCCCCAAAACUCGCUCCAGUCACUACGAGAACGACUCGAGGCAGACUACCCACAGCGAGCCUGCGAUGCACUGAUAAACUUGUAUUACCCCGAUGGCCAACUUCCGGGGGACUGCACGGAUUGGCAAGAUGCAUUUGGCCGAGUCUACGCGGACAUGCAAGUGCACAUGCUGGAACGCGGGUUUGUGAAUGCCCUAGCCCAGCAUGGUGCCGGCCAUCUUGUGUAUCGAUAUCGUAUCGAAUACCGGGUGAAAUGCGUUACUUUACCGCCUGAAUGGGGUGUGGCGCACUCCUCAGACUUAGCCAUGUGGCUAUGGGGAGAUGGAGCUCAGUUGGAGGAGGACGAGAAGCAUAUCGUUAGAACGGCAUUGAUUGAACCACUGACAGAUUUCGUCAAUGGGUCUGAUAUGGUCCGAUGGGGCACGUCGAGGGGAUCAAUACAGGAAGUGCGCCGACUGCAACCCGAUGGGCAGGUUGGUAUUUGGCAGGACGCUGGCGAUUUGUGGCACAAGGGCCUGGAGGUGUGGAAUGCGAUGCGAAAGGCUCGCCAUACGCCAGAAGACGCGGCGAGGCUGUAG